AUGAACCCCGAAAAAGGGACUUUGAGUUGCCACCUGCCCGCCAUCUCAGGAGUGACAUGCGGCCACCGAGAGCUGGAGACUACUCAAGAGACUAUUCGAGAGCAAGGAGACCCCGGCUUGGGCGCUGCCGAGAGAGGAACUGUACACGGUGAUUUUUUGAAGUCUCAAGACCACUUUAUCAACACAGCUUCCUCUGGCAGAAGGAUCAGGGUCUCACCUGUGGUCGAGAUGGCUGUCAGGGACAGACAUCCUCUGGAAGCCUGCAGAAAAACUGUUCACUUUGCUCCUGUUUCUGAUCUGGAUUGGAAAUCCUCCUCAUCUUCUAGUCACUCCUCUGAAACUUCGUUGCCAGCAAUUCAAAAGGACCAGUAUCCUGAGGAGAUCACUUUGCUCAAUUUGUUGACAAAAGAUGGGCAGCGCCCUGAGUGGACAUUUUACCCAAGGUUUAGCAGUAAUGUCCAUACCUACCAUGUUGGAAAGCAGUGCUUCUUCAAUGGGACCUUCCUUGGCAACAGAAGGUCUCUGGCAGAGAGCACAGUGGACAAGAGCUUGGGAAAGAAGAAAUAUGCUAUUGAUCCCAGGAAUGGAAUCCCAAAGUUAACACCAGGAGAUAAUCCAUAUAUGAACCCAGAACAAAGUGUAGACUUCCACAAAGCAGGAUCAACUCUUCCACCAGUGAAUUUUUCUUUAGUGCCUUAUAAAAAGAAACUUGAUACAUUUAUUCCACUUGAGCCUCUUCCAUCAACUCCAGUUGUGCCUUUCUGGAUGAAGGAGAAGACCAAGAGGCUUAUUAAUGAGAUAAAAGAAGUCGAGGAGCUUGAAAACUGGCGGCCAGCAACCCCCGUGCUACAAAGUAUAUGCCAUUCAGGUUUUAGUGGUUCUUUGGACAAUUCAAGACAAUUCUGAGCAGAAACAGA